GGUCUUGGCUCUGACUGUAGUUCUAACCUCUCUAUGUAUUCAAGGAGUUUUUAGAGGACCAAAAUAUUUACGUUGGUGCUGGCUGCCAAUCACAUCCCGAAUGUAACAUCAUAAUUGUAGUUCGUAAUCAUAUUGACGCUGUAGUGCCCGCCACUGUCAAAAGUGUUAUGAAUGGAAUACUCUUUCUUCUGAUAAAGUUAUAAUUGGUAAAUGCAUUGUGAUUGUUGUUUGAUAUUUUGAUUUAACAGUUCACCUGAAUUGUUAUCCCUUGGACUUACAUAAUAAUGGAUUGUGAUGAUUCUUCACAAACUUAACUCACUAACAGAGGCAGGAUGGGGCUGUGGCAGGCAUUGUCACGUCGGAAGGCGCUGGAUGGAGAACAGUCAGAGCUGGGCAAAGUGUUGUCUACUGUCGAUUUGAUAGCACUGGGUGUCGGCUCUACGCUCGGGGUGGGAGUGUACGUGCUUCCUGGUAUCGUCUCCCGAGAUAUCGCAGGUCCUGGUGUAGUCCUUUCGUUCUUGUACGCAGCCUACAAUGCCCUCCUUACAGGCUUCUCCUACGCUGAAUUAGGAGCACGGAUACCCAAGGCCGGCUCGGUGUAUAGUUACAGCUAUGUCACCAAUGGAGAGUUGGUGGCCUAUACCAUUGGCUGGAACCUCAUCAUAAAGUAUCUUACUGCUGGUGCCAGUGUGGCUCGUGGAUUCAGCGAACACUUGGCCCCCUUGCUUGGGAACAUCAUGGGUGCCAACCAUACCAUUUUCCGGGCCAACCACCCCAUAUAUGUUCAAACCGUCUCUGACUACGUAGAUGUCUUUGCGUUAAUCAUCGCAGUGCUAGUUAGCGUUGCCCUAGCUUUCGGAGUGAAGCAAUCUCUGGUCCUCAAUAAUGUACUAACCGCUGUCAACUGUGCUGUUGUACUGUUUGUCAUAAUUAUUGGAGCCAUAUACGCUAACUUCAUGAACUGGGAAAUACCAUCUUCUGAGGUUCCCGUUGGCUAUGGGGACGGAGGGUUCUUGCCCUAUGGAUGGGAUGGAACAUUGAUAGGAGUGUCAACUUGCUUCUAUGGCUUUGUUGGGUUCGACAUCAUCACUACUUCAGGAGAAGAGGCACGGAACCCAAGUCGAGCGAUCCCCGUCUCGAUAAUCGUCUCUCUGCUGAUCAUAUUCUUGGCGUACUUUGGCGUCUCCUCCGUGCUGACAUUGAUGUGGCCCUAUUACCUUCAGGAUGUGGGAGCACCACUGACUCAUGUCUUCACGGAACUGGGCCUAGACUGGGCUAACUGGGUGGUCACCAUUGGUGGUCUGCUUGGUCUUAGUGCCAGCCUGAUUGGAGGGAUGUUUCCUCUACCAAGGGUGCUGUACGCCAUGUCGAAAGAUGGACUACUGUUCAAGUUCUUGAGCCGUGUUCACCCUAGAUUCAAGACACCCUUCGUCGCAACAAUCUUAUCUGGGAUCUUAAUAGGUACGAUGGCUUUCAUGUUCAGUCUCAAGGACCUGUUUGAUCUCAUGUCCAUGACCUCCCUAGUGGGCUAUAACCUCGUUUCCAUUUCCGCCCUCGUUCUCAAAUACCGCACGGAGGCAGAGCGUCAACUACAGGAAUUUACUUCAGACUCAGAGAGUUCACCUCUGCUGCAGUCUUCAACCUUCAAGAGGUUCACCCAACCUUUUGAGACAAAAGGCAAAGGUCCUCACAAGUCUCCUUUUGCAAGUACUGGGUUCACCGUCUUCAUUCUCACUGUGGCGUGUGGACUCUUGGCGUUCACUCUGGCCUCUAUGCAGAAUGUUGCCUCGGUUCUCACCCUGUCUCCUUCUUCCUCUUUUUCUUCUUCUACGAUGUCUCCUUACUUUGCUUACAUUUUGGUGCUGAUCAUCGCUUUCAUCCUCAUCAUGUUCAAGAGGAUACCUGACCACUCAACUUCUACAAAGCAUCCAAAAAAGUUCCAGACGCCUGGCUCGCCGUUUACUCAAACUUUCAACAUAUUUGUCAACAUCUACCUCAUGUGCCAUAUUGAUCUGUCCAUCUGGUAUCGUCUGCUUAUCUUGCUUGCAGCAGGUUUGGUGAUAUACUUCAUUUAUGGGCUGCGACACAGCAACGAGAACCAAAACAGAACACUUUCCCAGGUCGAAUACGAGAAACUACAGUACAUUGAGGAAAUCCAGUCUGGAGAAGUGAGCACAGCUCGAGUCAUCAAUAGUCAAGUCGUCGACGCUCAACACGUGAAUCUAGGCGUUACUGUAGUUAGGAUUUGAUCCAUCCACCUCAAGUGUUCAUCAUACUUGGUCAUUAGGAUAAGUUUAUUGCAUUCCUUAGUAGAGGCUGCUGUAUAUUGGACCAAACAUCUUUGGUCGUCAGAUUUUUUCAUCCCAAUAUCUCUCAAUUUGUGAUAUGCCAUCAAACAAGUGCAGUAAUAUAGAAUAUUAACGUUUCGUAAUAACAAAAGUAAACUGCAAAUGUGUAAUCAUACAUAGGUUGUUUGUUAUUGACGAUUGAAGGUUUGAAAGAAUAAUAGGAUUUUGGACAUAUGCCAUCGUUAUAUGUUGCAAAAUUUAUAGCACUACGUUUCAAUAAUUGCAAUAUGAUCUCUAUCUCAGGUGAAAUGCUAACCUAACACAUAACUAAAAUCUAGGUUAAAGUACACAAAUCAUACCAGAGCUGAUUGGAAUCCGUCCAGGCAUUGUCACUGCACAGGAAGUCAGACGCGAGGAUGAGAAGUCGAGCUCACAAUCAUCACACCAGCACAUGCGUAAAUGGGAUACUAACAAGAAAAUCAAUGUCGCCACCUUCUUUGCAUCGCACCAUGUCACCUGAAAUAAUGGGACAGGAAGGCGAUGGUCAGGAGGGAGAAGGAUAAAGGCAGCUGCUUCCGGUCCUAUGUUUUGGUCCUAGACCUUAGUAUCAUGGUGCAUAUAUGAAUUUUGUUGGUAGUUUUGUUUAGUUGUUAAAUUUGUUCAUUCCAUUGAAUCUUUCAUGUUUGCUUAGUCCAAUUGCAAGAGUUUUCAUCCAUUUUAUUUGUCAAGAAUUGAGAAUAAAUUAACACGUUCACGACGACGUUCUCUCGGGUACACACGAUCUUUCACAACUGCCGUUGUGUACCCAAUCGGAUACACACCAGGCUUUCUGUAGCCCUACGGGGUACACGUUAAUAUACAUUUCCCUAUUGCGUUUUUAUUGUUUUACUGUCUUGGUGGUUUGUUAAAUUUGAUCCCGCACUUAAAUAAAUGCCUCAGACUGUCAUGUACCCCAUCGGGGGCACAAUUGCUUAAUUUUUAAAGUAAAUUAAUUUUUUUAGGUACCCCUUGGUGUACACGGGGAAAAAUUGAAAAACAUAAUGAAAUAAUUGUUUUUGUGCAAAAUCGUGAGCCUACGUACCUUUAUUUUUAUACUUAAGACGUUUGACAUAAAAAGACUUUUGCCAUUAUUUUUUAAAAUUUCACGGCAAAUAAAAAAGUACUGAAAAAAGCUGUUGUCGUAAACGUGUUAACAGGAGGUAACUGAGAAUUAAGAAAUAUAGUAGCUAAUAAAAACAAAUGUGUAAUAAGCUACAUGUCAGAGAGAGCAGACAUCUGGUUGGGCUGGCAUGUGUUCAAUAAGCAAACAGAAAACGAUUAAUUUUUAACGGUUUUCACUCAAUCAGUUCAGCUUAUGAUUUAUUUUCUAAUGAAAUUGUGUUCGCAUAGUUUUGAAGCAGUCUAGCAGCACAUUUCAAUGACUGAAAAUAGUGGUGCUAAUAAAAGUCUUUCUGAAUUAUAUUAUAUGAAUACUGUGAUUAUGGAAGGUUGUGCGUCUUACCUGCCACUUUAAGGUUUUGUUGAUCAGAAAAUAAUGAGCUAGUCAACUUCUAUAUUAUUUAAGCAGUGCUUUUUUCUUGUAUUUAGACAAUAUAUCUGUUACUUUUCUUCUUCGGGUUAUUAUUAAGAUUGAACUUGUUGUUUGAUUGUUUGUAAACUUAACUUUAGUUAUUUCAAUUUCAGAAAUAAAAUUUUAAUGACACAA